AAGCAACCUAUGGGCGGCUCCGGGGCGGUUUAAAAGGUGGCGCCGUUGGCUCUGGGUGCGUUCUGCUGUGUUUUGCAGUGGUUUGGGCUCAGCCGCUCCAGCCUUUCCUGGGUUAUUGAUCUCUGAGAUAGUCUCGUCAAUCUGAAGAUGGCAACUCUGAUCUUUGUUGAUCAGGAGAAUGGUGAACUUGGUGCUCCUAAGAGUCAGCUGAAGCUCUCUUCAGGAUCUUCAAAAGUCUUAGCUGAAAGAACACAAGUUAACACUCCACUUCCUAAAAAAGUUAUCAGUACUUCUCCAGUCACAUCUCAUUCUGUCAGAAAGGCUCUUGGAAAUGUAAAUAAAAGUGAACGAGUCAUGAGCAAGAUGGAUAGGAUAAAACAGAAAAAUCAGCCUUGCACUGUGAACAAAACUGGAUUAGAAAGCUGCCGUACAGUGGCUGAAGAAGAUUGGCCAGAAAUAGAAAAUAUGUUUCCUUUGGAUCCUCAAGACUUUGAGAGUUUUGACCUUCCUGAAGAACACAAACUAAGCAAUAUCAACCUGUGUGGUGUUCCCCUGAUGGUAUUUGAAAGGACAUAUGACAAAUGUGUGAACAUGGUUCCUUCACCUGUGAAAAUUGAAGAGAUUUCAUGGGAAUCCACAGGUAGGUGUGUUCAGCAUCCUCACAGCAGCAGGGCUCCAUCACAUGCAAUGGUGGCUUGGGAAGGCAAGUGUCAGCUCCAAAUGUCCCUCCUUUCUUCUUCCCCCAGCUUUAUCUCCUGAGCAUGGCACCAUAUGGUCUGGGAUAUCCCCUGGGCCCCUUGGGGUCAGCUCUUCUGGCUGUGCUCCCUUCCAGAUGUUUGAGCACUCCCAGCCUCCUCUUUGCUGAUGGGGUGAGGAGCAGAAAAGGCCUUGACUCUAUUGCUGAGCAGUGCUCACACAACUAAACCAUCCCUGAACUAUCAACACUGCUUCCAGCACAAAUCCAAAACACUGCCCAUACCAGCAACUGUGAAGAAAAUUAACUCUACCCAGUGGAAAGUAGUACACUGAGCAAUCUUUUGUGAUGCAUUGCAAACUGAUCAGUUAGGUGGCAUUGGCUUAUACAAUGAAGCAGUAUUUCCCUUGCUUAUUCAACAGGGUUAUGCUGAGCUGCUGGGAGCUAGCUUAUGUUAGUGUGCAUUCUGAGUUUGAGAAAU